GGCGGGGACGCGCGCCUGAAGCCGCCUGAGAGCCGCCUGUGAGCCGCAGAUCUUCAGACGCUCGUUCACGAGGACCAGACACACACGCAACGGUCUCACACACAUCAUGACAUCGACCUGCGUCCUGCUGCUGAUCAGCACACUGUCACAGCUGUGUGGAGCUCAAGAUGAGCUCGUGCCGGCGAUGAUGUCAGCGGAGGAGGAGAGCCAUAUCCCAGAAUCCCCUGCUGUCCUGAGCGUGGCGCGUGAGCAGAUCCUCUCGGCUCAGUUUGAGUGUUACCUGAAGAUCAUGUCUGAUCCUCCGCGCAGAGACCCGGGCCCGUACUGUAACCGCACCUGGGAUGGUUGGCUCUGUUGGGGAGACUCCGCCCCCGGCACCGCCCUCCAGCUAUGCCCCGCCUACUUCCAUGACUUUGAUCCAACCGAGAAAGUGAGCAAAGUGUGUGACUCGGACGGUCAGUGGUUUCAUCAUCCGGUCAGCAACCGCCUGUGGACCAACUACACGCAGUGCUCAGCGGACACUCACCAUAAACGAGAGUUCAUCCUGGUGAAUUACUAUCUGGUGAUGGUGGGACACGGGCUGUCCAUCAUAUCGCUGUCCAUCUCCAUCUGCAUCUUCUCACACUUCAAGUGUUUGAGCUGCCAGCGGAUCACUCUUCAUAAAAACAUGUUCACCUCCUUCAUCCUGAACUCGAUCGCCACCAUCGCCUGGUUCUACAUCGUCAGAGAUCAGAGACCAGAGAACCCCAUGGAUUCGUCUCAGAUCGGCUGUAAGCUGCUGGCUAGUAUCAUGCAGUACACCUCCUGCUCCAACUAUUUCUGGAUGCUGUGUGAAGGGAUCUACCUGCACACGCUCAUCAUCGUGGCCGUGUUCACGGGAGAACAGCAGCUGGGCUGGUAUUACGUCCUCGGCUGGGGUUUCCCAGUGAUCCCUGCAGUCCUGUAUGCUGUAGCGCGUCUGCACUUGCACGAUGACAGGUGUUGGAUCAUAAAUUCAAAGCUGCUGUACAUCACAAACAGCCCCGUACAAGUCGCUCUGCUGGUGAACCUGUUCUUCCUGCUGAACAUCGUGCGGGUGUUGAUCACCAAACUGCGGGUCACUCACUGCAUCAAAACUAACUUCUACAUGAAGGCUGUUCGUGCCACCAUCAUCCUGGUUCCUCUGCUGGGCGCUCAGUUCAUCCUGGUGCCUAUGGAGCCCAGCGGACAUGUCUCUCGAGCCGUCUACGAGUUCUUCAUGAACAUCUUCAACCAUUUCCAGGGUCUCCUGGUGGCCGUAAUCUUCUGCUUCUGCAAUGGAGAAGUGCAGUCGGCGCUGCGGCGUAAGUUUGCGCAGUAUCGUGGUCAGCGGAAGCGCCGGCGUCUGGUGACCAAUGACUUUCACAGUAACUACCACACAAACUCGUCCAUCACCGAGACCAGCCGCGUCACCAUCGGCCUCGAGCCCAGCCUCGCCAACGGUCAGAGAAACGGCAGCGUCUGCUCCAGCCACGGGCCCAUGAGCUGCGACGUGCUCGAGUGCACGGAAAUAUGAGCAUCUGUCUCAUCAUGCACGUAUAAUAUCACCAACACUACACAGGACUCCCAGCUAACACACACAUGUUCUAAGAACGGUUUGCUAACAUUUACAUAAAAGCUGCAGUCUGUAUGUUUUGUCUCUUUGUCGCCAUCUCUCUUUGAAACCUGCAAUUGCAGUUAUUUGCAGAAUCAUCUUCUUUGCGUGAGUUGUGCUCCGGCAUGGCUCCAGCACGGAUGAAUGUAAUGUUUUGAGUGGAUAUUAACUGUACUUCAGAAUCACAGAUCUACGUCUUGGAAUAUAUGACCCAAAUAAGCAUUUUCACUGGAUAUUGUCAUAUGAACGAGUAAGUUAUAAGUCUGCCACUUUUGUUCUGACCAACUGACUAAAAAAAGCUUUAAGAUACAUUACGCUACAGUGGUGAUUAAAUCUAAUGCUCAUAUUACUUCAAACCAUGUAAAUUAUUAUUAUUACUAUACUUUGUUAUAAAACUUUUCAUGUUACCAUCAGCAUUGCGUGUAGUGUGUAUUAGCGUUACAUGUAGAUUUGGUCAUACAAUUCGAAUUUCAUAUAAAGAAAUUAUUUUUACCCAAAAAGCAAAUUAUUCUUCCUUUAUAACCGGUUCUCUUUGAAAUAUAAAUGUGUGUAAUCCCAGGCAAAUUCAAAUUAGAAAACAUUAUUAUAAGAUAACCUUUGUGAAUCGGGCUAAGGUACAGAGACUGGGUGCUUAUGUACUUGCUCAAAAAUAGAUUUUUUUAUAAUUUUUAAAAAAAAAAAAAAAAAAACAAGUUAGGGACUGCAGCUUUAAGUUGCGAAAACUUACGAAAAUUUAAAUGCUCUCUAAACGUCCAGAUUUUAAAUAUUUACAAAAAAACAAAAGCCUGUUUUUUUCUCGGAAGUGGGAAUGUUACUUUUGAAUAUUUAAACACAAUUUAAAGUAAUGGAUUUAGGUUCUAAAAACGUUAUGGGAACAUUGUUUUGAAAUGUUUCUUACAACUUUCUACUAACUUUAUUUUCACCUUAAAUAUGUUAUUUAAACAUUUAUUUUUAAUAUUCUAUCAAUGUUAAAAUGUCCAGUUCAGUUUUAAUUAUGAUUAACGUUAUUUAAAGACUACAAAAACAUUCUGCUAACAGUAUUUUCACCUGAAGUAUAAAAGUAAUUUGAAAGUUAUAUAUAUAUAUUUUUUUACAUAUUCUAAGAAUGUCAAAAUGUCAAGAUUGGAAUGUUAUUUAAAAUAAUAAAUAAUAAUUAAAGGGAACUAAGAUUCGAAGAACAUUACGAGAAGGUUGUUUUCUUGUAGCAUUAUGAGAAAGUUUACGAAAUAUUAAUGAAGUUAUAGAAAACGUCUGCUUAAAAUUAAAAACGAUUUGUCCUUUUUUUUUUUAUAACUUUUAAAAAACAUUUGUGAGAAUGUUCCCCGUUAGCUAAAAAUGUUUAAAAAUGUAAGAGGAAAGUCCAUCUGAAAUGUGAAAACAGAAAACAAUGUAUAAAUAAUGUAUUUUGUCCUAAAAUUUCAGAAUGUUUUUUAAAACCACAUAACUACAAGAAUGUUAAUUCGUAACUUUGAGAAAACCUGAAAGUUAGCUAAAGUUCUGAGAUCAUUCCCUGUUAGCUGGGUUGUAUUUCUGUUACAUGUUUUUGUUAUGGAUUAAUACAUGUAUUAGUGUUUUAUUUGUACUUUUAAACACUUUGUAGCCUAUUUGUAUAUUUAAACACAUCAGUCUGACUGUAAAGUUGCUGUUAGCACCAUUUAUUCAGUCUAAAUUGUUCACAUAUUUAUAUUUUAAUAUAAAUGGAAGGAUUGUGUUCAUAUGGAGAAACAAACAAACAGAUAUUUCGCUUGUCCGUCUUACGGCAUACUUAACCAAUAAGCAAGAUAAUCAUACAAAUAGACAAAUGCAAAGGAGAUUUUCCACUUAAUAUUAGAUUGCAUUUUCAAUUUGUUUCUAUAGCAUAUGCCUUCAGAACACUUGGAAUACGGAAUGAGGUGCAUGGGAUAAUUUUAUGACAUUUGAAACCUUUUUGUAAAAUGAUUGAAGAAGGCUACAAUUCAUAAUUGAAAGCAUUUUUCAUUUGUGAUCCAAAAGAAAAAAGGUAGGCCAAAUAUGGCUUUAGAAGAGCAUCGGAUGGACUAAAUUAUUUACUUAAGUUGUAAAAGGGGUAAAUAAAUAUAAACUAUAGGAGAGAAUGCGAGCAAAAUAUGGGUUAGGCGUAAAAGAGCACAUAGUGUUAGGGACCCAUAUACCUGAAAUCUGCUUAGGGACACCAAAUCACUAAAGUUUAGGUCAAAAGUUUACACCCUCGUUUCAGAAUCUGCAAAAUGUGUAUUAUUCUACCAAAAUAAGAGGGAUUAUACAAAAUCCCUGUUAUUGUUUAUUUAGUACUGACUUAAAUAAGAUAUUUCACACAAAAGAUGUUUACACGCAGUCCACAAGAGAAUAGAAUGCAUUUAGAUCCCAUGCAUUUAGAUCACAGUAAAUGUAACUUAAUCUUCUUGAAGCUAUCUUCUGUAGCCUCUGAAGGGCAGUACUAAAUGAAAAACAUAUGAAAUGUAAACAAAACAAGAAAAACAGCUACACAUCUCCAUUCUGAUCAAAAGUUUUCACACCCCAGCUUUUAAUGCAUGGUUUUUCCUUCUGCAGCAUCAGUGAGCGUUUGAAGCUUCUGUAAUUGCUGCAUAUGGGUCCUUCAGUUGUCCUCAGUCUGAAAAGAUGGAUCCUUAAAUCAUACAGUCAUUGAUAGAAAGGGUUCAAAUACACAAAAAUGCUGGAAAACCAAAGAAUUAGUGGGAGCUGAAGGAUUUUUCUGAAGAACAGCAGGCAGUUUAACUGUUCGGGACAAACAAAAGACUCAUGAACUAUCACCUAACAAACAAAACAAAAAAAAACAGCUGUGGAUCAUUCAGCUAACAACACAGUAUGAAGAGUCAAGGGGAUGAAAACUUUUGAACGGGAUCUUUUUAUAAGUCAAACUAUUAUUUUCCCUUGUAAACUAUACAUCUUUUAUGUGAAUUAUCUUAUUGAGGUCAGUACUAAAUAAACUAUAGCAUGCAUUUUGUAUGAUCCCUCUUAUUUUGGUAAAAUUAACAUUUUGCAGAUGCUGAAAGGGGGUGUAAACUUUUGACAUCAACUGUAAGCCCUGCCUUGGGUAUUGCUAGGGUAGUGCACUAGGUAGUGUGCAUGUGCUCUCGGGAGGUUUGCGCAAGAGAGAGCAGAAAGAGAAAGAUAUCAGGACUUUUUAUAUAUACUGUAUUAAAAUACGUUGUUGUAAAUAAGAUGUUGUAUAGCUAAGCACUUGUUAAUUUUUUUCACUCAAUGUAUCCGCUUCAUGAGCCCUUAGAGGGGAAUUUUUCUGUUUCUGUUUUUUUAUGAUUUACUUUUUUUGAGGGAAAAUGCAAAGAGACAACAUUCCACUUUGACUUGUUAAUAUUGGAAUAUGACUAUUUGUGUAAUGAAUCUAGUGAAACUCAAUAAAAGUACUUGCAUUUGAA